AAGACAAUUAGAAGGAGGAGAUCAUGAUGAUGACUUGGAGUUUACUGACAAUUUGGCUGGUCAAAAGCGUAAAACAGAUAUAUUAUCAUUUUUAAAUGAGAAUGAAGAAAAUGUUGUAGAGGAUAUGAAUGGUUUAAAAAAGAUCAGAACUACCAGUAAUGAAGUUGAAGAUUCACAAAUAAUCAGUUUUACAUUUAGAAAUCAAGACUUGUUUAUUCAAUUAAAUGAAGAAAAACAACGUGCUAAAUCCACAAUAGAACUGAUAUGUUCAAAUAUAAUAGACACAACAAAUAAACUUUUAAUAGAAAGAUUAGGAAUCAAAUGUGAAGCAUAUUCAUUUAAUAAGCAUUAUGAAAUACAUUGGGUCCAUCAUUUUGCUGACAAAUUAUGCGAAGAGGUGUCAUUAGCAUCCAUUGAAUGUAAGAAUUUAUCAAGAGAAGAGUCAGCAAAAAAAAAAUUUGGUCACAAAAUUGAUAUCCUUUUUUGUAUUGAUAAUAUGGAAUAUUUUGGUGCAGAAAUGUAUGUUGAUGAAGAUCCUCAAAACUCCAUGCCAAUUUCUUAUAAACAAAAACUUUUUCGUGAGAUGAAAGAUCAAUUAGAUCGGCUCCUUAAGAAGUUAGAAUUUACAAAGGAAACAACUAAAGAAAUAAAGAAUAUUGUUGCACAUGGGUUGACACAUGGGGGUCUUAAUGGGAAAUUAUAUGCAAUGUUUUAUGAUAUUGAUAUUGAACAUUAUUUAAACAAUAUAAUCAGUGUUCUUGGUACUGUUAAGAAAAUCAAAAAAGUUGCUUUACGCACAAACUCUGAGGAUUUGUAUACAAUUGAUAAUCUUCCAGAGACAACACCAUCACCAAAAAAGAAAACCAAGGAUAAUAUAAAUAAUGAUUUGAUAAACUCUGUUGUAACUGAUGUUAUACCAAAUGAUGAAAAUGAUGAUAUCACAAUAAACAACAAUAUUUCUGAUGAAAUAGUAGAUUUAACAAAGAUAAUGGAAAAUGAUAAUGUUUUCGAAUUUGAUUUAGGUGAAUUUAAUUCAAAUUUUAAUCAAUCAGAUGUACAAAAUGCUCAUAAAGAAUGGUUUAGACUAAUUCACAAAGUGGCUUUGAUGUCUCCUGAUGAUAAAUCUAUGUACAAUGGUACAUUUAUUGAUCCAAUAAUCGGAGGUGCAAUUCAAAGAAACCAUAUCUUAAAUUACAAAUGGGGUGAAAUAGAAAUUCGAAGUUCAUCUGAAUGA